CACUUAAGCACAACUUGGAAAUAAUCUACUUCAUGUACUAAAUUGUACAUAAACUACAAAAUAAAAGGUUUCCUCUUGCGCUGUGGGAGUUUAUUUGGAAGCAGACAUUAACAUGAAUGUAUGCUUUCAAAUGUGUGAGAUAAAUAUAUGCUUCUCCACGUACAUAGCUAUAGAUGCAUGCUUGCCCAAGCGUGCCACAGCUAUGUACUAAGCACACAUAUGCUCUUGCAGUGUAGCUGACUUCUGUACGAAUUAGUCGAAACCUCUCCGGGCCUCAAGUCAGCAGAGGACCAAUUCUGGUCUAUCUCAUCAUGUUUAUGUUAAACCAAGGGUGGAGACCUCCACACUUCCUGGUUCGGAGUAACUCCUUGGAAGUGCAGAGUUCGCGGUCUCCGCAUUUCAAGUGUGGAGCAGCUCACAGGAAGCCCCUAUCACUUUGCAUGGUGCAAACGCGGACAACUCCACAGUUGAAGUGCGUACUCCGCACAUCCAAGUGUAGAGACUGCAAAUUCUGCACUUCCACAUUCCAAGUGUGGUGUUUUCCGCACUUGGCUUCGGCUUCACGGUCAACAAUAAAAGCACUAAUACAUUCAGUGUGUAAGCCAUAAGUCAAACUACGAGAGCCACGACUCUUUGACAGGCAAGGUGGGUUUCGGCACUGGGCCGCGCUUUUGGCGAGCGGCUGACUCCUCGUCACCGCAGGACAUCGCACUCGCAGAAAAGAACAACGAAGUUGACGGCAUCGCCCUGUCCGUCGACCCUUUGGUCUUCGGCGACUUCCCCGAGUCUGCCAAGACGGCCAGGAACCUUGCCUUCACAGACGAGGAGAAGAAGCUCAUUAAAGGACGUGUUGACUACUUGGGCAUCAAUAUGUACGGUGGCCAGACUGCCAAUGCCUCCAGUGCCGAUAACGGUGGUGGUGGCGGCGGCGGCGAUGGCGGCGGGAGCGGAGGGGGCGGUGGGAACCGCCCGGACGGCUUUGGUGACACUAGUUCCGCGUGGGUUCUCCGUGAGAUGCCUAAGUGGGUAAAGAAUCGCUACGACGCCGUGAUGCAACUCCCCAUUUUCAUCACUGAGAACGGCAUCCACGCGGAGGGUGACUCCAAGUUGGACGACUGGGACAUGCGCGCCGUGUACUGCAGCGCCUUUUUACGAAAGAUGAUAGCGGGAAUCAACGAUGACGGAACCCGAGUUUUCGGCUAUACUUUAUGGAGCUUCAUCGACACCUUCGAAUUUCACAGCUACUCGAACUGGGGCGUGGUCUAUGUGGACUAUGACAGCGGCUCCCUGGACCGCACCAAGAAGGCCUCGUGGACGUUCUUCAGGAGAGUCAUGGACUCUCGCGUCGUGCCUCUUGUGGAAGCCGGCUCCACGCCUUUCCCGGCCCCGUCCGGCUCUGCGGCCUUCCAGUGUUCCAUUUUGUUAACCUUUACUGCAUUCCUGUUUGCGAGACGAUGGCAAUAAAUCAAAAUACUAGAAA